GACCCAGUGUUCGGCAACGAAGAUGGCGACGGGAUCCAUUACAGGUCGAUGGAGUGGUGGCACUGCGGUGUCUUGAUGCUUGCGGAGACGAUAUCCCUGGGCGUUUUGUCCUUACCACAAGCAGUCGCAACGCUUGGGUUAGUCCCUGGCCUCUUACUGAUCUUCUUCCUCGGCAUAAUCGCCUACUGGACAGGCUUUGUCGUAGGAGAGUUCAAGAAGGCAUAUCCCCAGGUCCAGAGCUUUGCGGAUGCUGGUGAGAUGAUCGCUGGACCUGUCGGUCGAGAGAUCAUGGCGGUCUCCCAAAUCCUCAUCCUGAUCUUCAUCAUGGCCGCCCACGUCUUGUCGUUCUCUAUCGCGAUGAAUGUCCUGACUGACCACGCAAUAUGCUCGGUCUGGUUUGGGGUGAUUGGCACGGUCGUGUCCUUCAUCUUUGGCCUUCCCCGCACGUUUAAGGGGGUUUCAUGGGCAUCGAUAUUUUCGUGCAUAUCUGUCAUCGUCGCCGUAACCGUCGCAAUGAUUGCCAUCGGGAUUUCGAAGCCUGAUAUGGGCCACAUCGUCGCUAUCCGCCCAGACGUCCCGGUGAUCAAGGGCUUGGGUCCAGUCAUGAACAUCAUCCUCGCAUACGCUGGCCACGUCGCCUUUUUCUCGUUUUGCGCCGAGCUUAAGAAUCCCAAGGACUUCCCAAAAGCUCUCGCCUUCAUGCAAAUCACCGCCUGCACGUUCUAUAUGCUCAUCGCGGCCGUCAUUUACUAUUAUGCCGGACGCGGCGUCGCAUCACCUGCUCUAGGCUCUGCAUCGCCUAUUGUGGCCAAGGUCUGCUUCGGAAUCGCGCUGCCCACUAUCGUCAUCGCGGGUGUCGUCAACGGAUCGGUAGCUUGCAAGUACCUCUACGUGCGCUUGUGGAAGGGUACAGACGUCAUCCACGAAAGCGGGAUUAAGGCCAUGGGAAGCUGGUUUGGGAUUUGCGGUGUGGCGUGGGUCGUCAGCUGGAUAAUUGCAGAGGCCAUUCCGAGCUUCAACUUGCUUCUGGGUUUCAUCAGCGCCCUCUUCUGCUCCUGGUUCAGCUAUGGUCUUCCUGCCGUUCUCUGGAUCUACAUGAAUAGGACUAAGCUGUUUUCAUCAAAAGUAAAGACGGCAGGUUUCGUCUUUAACGUGGGGGUUUUCCUCUUGGGCGCAGCCAUGUGCGUUCUAGGUCUCUGGUCCUCAGGCACUGCGCUGGCGUCUGGUGCUGCUGGUGAGGCCUUCUCAUGCAAGAACAACUACAGCGCCAAGUCCGCUGCGGAUUUGAAGUAAUGCAACUGAGUGCGGCGCGUUUUGCUCUGACAGUAAAUAGAAUAGAGGUAUGAAAAGUGCUG